CAGCCAACUCUCUUCCGGUGUCCUGUGCCUUGAGUGGCUCAGAGGGGAGAAGGGCUUAGCAGCCCUUCUGUCCCCGCGCCGUAACCUUACAGUUGCCUCCAAACGAGGAGGGGGCACCCUAGAAGGGCUUGGCGGCUUAUAGGUUGCCGAGUGCAGCCUCCUCGACCUCUGUUGCCAUGCCUGCGGCGGUUCCGAUCAUCAGCUCUGUGCAGAAAUUGGUGCUAUACGAGACCAGAGCUCGGUAUUUUCUUGUCGGGAGUAAUCAUGCAGAAACCAAAUACCGUGUUUUGAAAAUUGAUCGCACGGAACCAAAGGAUUUAGUUGUUAUCGAUGACAGGCAUGUAUAUACCCAGCAAGAAGUGAGAGAACUGCUUGGUCGCUUAGAUUUGGGAAACAGAACAAAAAUUGGGCAGAAAGGCUCCUCAGGAUUAUCACGUGCCGUCUCUGCUUUUGGUGUAGUAGGUUUUGUCAGAUUUUUAGAAGGUUAUUACAUUGUGCUAAUUACAAAGAGGAGAAAGAUGGCAGAUAUUGGAGGACAUGCAAUAUAUAAAAUAGAAGAUACAAGUAUGAUCUACAUUCCAAAUGACUCUGUACGAGUGACUCACCCUGAUGAAGCAAGGUAUCUUCGAAUUUUUCAGAAUGUAGACUUGUCUAGUAAUUUUUAUUUCAGCUACAGCUAUGAUCUUUCCCAUUCCCUGCAGUAUAAUCUUACUGUUCUAAGAAUGCCUCUUGACAUACUUAAAUCAGAAACAACACGAACACGGCAGGAGAGUUUUGAUAUUUUUGAAGAUGAGGGACUUGACACUCAGGGUGGAAGUGGUGUAUUUGGAAUUUGCAGUGAACCUUACAGAAAAUAUGUUUGGAACAGCAAACUGCUAGAUGUAGUCAAAACCACAGUUCAUCGAGACUGGCUCUUGUAUAUUAUUCAUGGAUUUUGUGGGCAGUCAAAACUGCUCAUCUAUGGUCGUCCUGUGUAUGUCACUCUGAUAGCUAGAAGAUCAAGUAAUUUUGCUGGAACACGAUUUCUAAAGAGAGGAGCAAAUUGUGAGGGAGAUGUGGCUAAUGAAGUAGAAACGGAGCAGAUUUUGUAUGAUGCUUCUGUGAUGUCAUUUUCUGCUGGAAGCUAUUCAUCUUAUGUCCAAGUGCGGGGAUCUGUCCCUCUGUAUUGGUCUCAGGAUAUUUCAACUAUGAUGCCUAAGCCACCAAUUACAUUGGAUCAAGCAGACCCAUUUGCACACGUAGCUGCUCUUCACUUUGAUCAGAUGCUCCAGAGGUUUGGUUCUCCAAUCAUCAUUUUGAAUCUUGUGAAGGAGCGUGAAAAAAGAAAACAUGAAAGGAUAUUGAGUGAAGAACUUGUUGCUGCUGUGACCUACCUCAAUCAAUUUUUACCUCCUGAACAUGCUAUUGUAUAUAUUCCUUGGGACAUGGCCAAAUACACAAAGAGCAAACUAUGUAACGUCCUUGACAGACUGAAUGUGAUUGCAGAGAAUGUGGUAAAGAAAACUGGCUUCUUUGUGAAUCGCCCUGAUUCCUACUGCAGUGUCUUGCGCCCAGAUGAAAAAUGGAAUGAGCUAGGAGGAUUUGUGGUUCCCACGGGCCGUUUGCAGACAGGAGUUCUUCGAACCAAUUGUGUUGACUGCUUGGAUCGCACUAACACUGCCCAAUUUAUGGUUGGGAAAUGUGCUUUGGCAUAUCAACUUUAUUCCUUAGGGCUGAUUGACAAACCCAAUCUACUGUUUGACACAGAUGCUGUUAGAUUAUUUGAAGAAUUGUAUGAAGAUCAUGGGGAUACAUUGUCACUCCAAUAUGGUGGUUCUCAACUUGUUCACCGAGUAAAAACCUACAGAAAGAUAGCACCCUGGACCCAGCAUUCUAAAGAUAUUAUGCAGACUCUUUCAAGAUACUACAGUAAUGCCUUUUCAGAUGCUGACAGGCAAGAUUCAAUCAAUCUGUUUCUGGGCGUAUUUCAGCCUGAAGAAGGGAAGCCUCAUCUCUGGGAACUCCCUACAGAUUUUUAUCUGCAUCAGAAGGACACAAGGACUCUUCUUCAGACUAGACGAAGCUACACUUUCUGGUGGACUCCAGGUAUACUGGAUUACUUGCCACUGCCUUAUGAUGAGGCGACAUGUGCUGAAAACAGAAGAAAGCUAAUAGUGAAGAAAUUUCAUAAGUAUGAUGAAGAGAUUGACAUUCAUAAUGAAUUUUUUCGGCCAUAUGAACUCAGCAGUUUUGAUGAUACCUUUUGCUUGGCGAUGACAAAUUCCAUACGGGAUUUUAUGCCCAAGAACGUUGGCAUUGAUCCCAGUCCAUUUACUGUACGUAAACCAGAUGAAACUGGAAAAUCUGUUCUGGGGAACAAGAGCAAUAGAGAAGAAACAGUGCUGCAACGUAAAACAGCUGCUAGUGCCCCUCCACCGCCCAGUGAGGAGGCCGUAUCCAGCAGUUCUGAGGAUGAUUCUGGGACUGAUAAAGAAGAAGAAGGAGCUGCAUCUCAGCGUUCAACACCUGUGAAAAUAACAGAUGCGGGAGAUAAUGCCAAAGCAUCAGAUAAUGUAGUACAACCUAUAAAAGAUGUAUACGGAAUUAAUCUCUCAGAAUCUCCUUCAGAAGAAGAUCUCAACAUAUACACAAGGUUCGUUCAGUUGGGCCAGAGUCAUCACAAGCAGGACAAGAGUCACCAACUUCUUUGUUCUAAACACUUAGAUGGGGUCAUAAAUUUAACUCACAUCUCUGCAUUCUCCCAGGAUAACAUUUAUGAAGUUCAGCCUCCUAAAGUAGACAGAAAAUCUAUUGAGAUCUUUCACGCUCACAUCCAGGCUGGCAAGGGGAUCAUGCAACUACUGGGAAAGGAUGACAUUCUCUUGUACCGAGAAUACAUUAGAAAUAGAUAUAUGUGAAAAGUGACUGUGUUCAAUUUCUCUAAUGACUUUACCAAAAAUAUAUUGAAAGAGAAGUGGUUGGGGAAGCACACUGAUGUUCAUAUAUGUACUUCCGCAUACCCUGCCUGUGAUGGGUGAGCUAAUCCAGCUUUCCCCAAUUUAACACUGUCCAGUUGUGUUGGAUUGAAACUCUCACACUUUCCACCCAUUAAUCAUGCUGACUGGAAAUUAUGAGAGUUGCAGUCCAACAUGUUUGGGGGAUUUCAGCUUGGGGAAGAACUGUGAUGGAUUUGCAGUGCUAGGUAGGCAUUCUAUGUCCUACCACCCUGGAAAUUAAGUGCAACAAUACCCCCAGAGCAACAAAAUACCACUCCUCCUGAGAGAGUGAAUAUCGCUAACAUUUGUAAAUUGUUGGAAUUAAAUACAUUCUCCUUAAUUACAUACAUUGUCUGGCUCAAGUUACAUAGACAUUAAAUAUAAUGGAGAUGCAUCCUAUAUACAUAGCAAAGAGUAAAAGUUGAGAAUUGCUUUUCUGCUUUACUAUUUGGGCCCCUGAUGAGUAUGUCUUUUGAUUAAGAAGCAGGUGUUUUGGUCAGCUUGAUUUGAAAGAAUGUCAGUUAUAAGAUUUAUUCAUCUAAAUUAUUCUUCAGGCAUGGUCUGAGGCCAUUGGUAAAAAAAUCUAUACAGUAAGGCUUCUUGGACAGCAAGAAGUAAAGAGCUGCCAGCAAGUUAUGUAAUCAUACUGUGACUUGAAACUACAGUUGGCUCUUGCCAUGUGCCUCUGCCUCUAGUUGCUGUGGGCAGAUUGCCAGCAGCAACUCUAGGAAUAGUAUUGUUUGCUGCAGAGUAUUCCUUAAAGCUACUCUGUUAAAGCUAAGUGACAUUAAAAGUAGUGAUGUGUUUUAUGAUAAGGUAAUGAAGAGAACAUGCUGUGGCUUGAGAAACAUGGAGUAGUGCAUGUUUGUAUGCAGGGUUCUAAUUCAGGAACAGUAGUUCUGUGUUGCAGUUCUAUGGAAAUGGUGCUACUCUUGAUCCAGGAAUAAGAAAGCAUGCCUGUCUAAUGGCUGAUUGGCGAGAAACGCAGCUUCCACCCCCUCCCCACCUACCCCCCACAGGUAUCCUGGUCUUUGGCACACAAUCUCCAUUUAUUUUGCCCCUUAUUUACAGGUGCCAUGUACUGACUCUGAGCAGUCACCUUCUUGACUCAAAUUGGUCAGAAUCCCUUAAACAACCAUUUCCUCUGGGGAAAGCUUUCUUCUCAGGAGAUGUUCUUUUGAUAACUGGAUUUUUUAUUCUCAUGAGCUUUUCUUUGUAUGUAAGUCAGCGUUAUGAGUUGUAAAGUCAGGGGACAUAUUGCAGUGGCAUCAGUGCUUAAAAGUCCCCCCCCACAAAAAAAAGCAGUUGGGGGGAAUGACCAGAAACACCAUUAUUUAAGAACUGCUACCCUGGCAAGUGUUGAGUAGUGACCAAACAAGUAGCCAUUACUUCACUGACAAAUAAUCAGCCAGACAUUCUGAUUGCUACAUGCUCAGUGGGAAGCAGCUUAAGUGAGACCAGCAAGAGUUAUCCAGCAUGAGCAGCUGGCAUGGCAAAGGUUUUCCAGUGGCCACGUUAGCAAAGAACUCUUAAGUGAAUCCUGGCUUAGCAUUCAUAAGCAAGGGUGCUUAUGUGGAUGACUCCCGAUCAGCUUUUCCUACAAGAAGGAAUUAAACUCACCAGGAACACACCUGGGUAGAAAGCCUUAGUACUACUGCAUCUGAAUCUGAACCAUGACUCAGUGAUCCUCUAAUAAGCCUGAGUCCUGGAACCAACUUAAACCCUCAGCUCUAAACUCUGGCUUGCUAAAUGGGUGGCAUGCCAACAGUCCUAAUUUGGAUGUGGCAAUACGUUUUUCUGUCCUUGAAAGUUCCUGAUUAGUUUAACUGCACCAUUACUCUUCCUUGUAAACAAUAAUUUUAUAUGAAAGUGGCCAAUAUGUGGCGGUCUAUUUUACACAUCUUUCAGCCUAACUGUCACUGUAUUUAAGUUUUUUUCCCCAGACCUCAUUUCAAACAAAUUGCCCAUCCAAAACAUGCCAAAUUUUCCCGAGUGCCAUUUAGAAUAUUUCUUCUGCAAGUUGUUUGUCCUUUUUGUAGGCUAUAUAGAAGCACUUUACAUUGUUACAAAAGCUCGCGUUGCUCAGUAAACAUUUGCUUUGUAAAGAGAAAGAAUAGACUACUUUUAAGAAGCACAUAUGCUGUGGUACAUUCCUGUCUAAGGUCACAAUUUCUCUUUAAAAUUACAUCUAGUUUGAAUAGGUUUAAGACACAAAUUCCGUUUGUAUGGGGGUGAUUAUCUAUUAAUGGAUGGAAAAAGAUCUGUGUGUUUCUACACCAUACUUGCUAUAAUGUAAUACAUUAAUGUUGUCUCUGUAUGUGCUUUAAAUACUGUUUAAGGUUUUAUUUAUUGAUUAAUAUGUAUAAUUGUCUUCUAACAGCUAACUUUAUUUUUCCUAGUACUGAAUAUUUGUGCCAGUAGAGAAUUUGUUAAAUUUACUAGUCCAAGAGAAAUAAACUUUAACAAGUAGCAUAUUGUUUAUAAAAAGAAAACGUGUGUGCCUUAAAAAUUGAAAUACCAGUCUUUGAUAAUAUCUCUCCCAGUUUAGCUCUGCUGAAAAAUUCACUGCAGCGUAGGGAUAUGCAAUGUAUCACAACAUGGCUUUGUGUUAACACACUUGAAAUCGGCCACUUGCGUGCAGUGACAGCAGCUCAGAGUCACCACUUUUCUUUUUUAUUUAAAAUGUUAUUGAAAUUUUUAAACUAGUACUAAAAACAUCAAUCAUUACAUACAUCAGAUUUACUGGGUUGUCCCCCUACUACAUAUUUUUAACCUUCUAUAUUCAUAUUUAAGUCAGCUUAUAAUCACUUGAAAACAUCUCUAAAUUUAUACCAAAUCCCGUUUCUCCAACCAAUAAAAAAAUAAGUUCCAAAUUUAAUAGAAGUCACUAUCUUCUUUCUCCUUCAUCAGUAAGAACAGUCCAUCCAUUUCUUACAAAGUCCAGUUUCUCUUAACCAGUAUUAAAGGAAAGAAUCUUCAAGUUGGAUGUAAAUCAAUAUCUUCUUUCUUCUUCAAUGGCAAAUUCAAUCUAAACAUUUCUACACAAUUCAGAAUCUUUUCAUUUUCCUAACAUUAGACAGAUAAAUUCCUCACUAGCACAAGUACAAAUAAGAUCAAAAACAUCCAUUUAACAUCUUUAAAGGCAUUUAGCUAAUGGUGACUAAUACCUAUAAUAUCUUUUAUAACAAACUUUCUUUAAGCUAAUUUACUAAUGUUUUCUUAUUUUUACUCUAUGACACAAAAAAUACCUAAUUUGUGUUCACCUAUCCAACAGCUACUUAGCCCCUUUAAAAUAUCUUAACUAGUCUAUUUAACAAACAGCUAUUACCUAUAAUAUCUUUUAAACAAGCUCUCUUUGAACUAAGAUACUAAUGUUUCAUCAAACUUAGACCUCAUUUAGUCAAAUACAAUUAACUCUUCUAAGAAUCCAAAUCUUUAUCAUCUUUGACGUAUCUCGCUUAUGUCCACCCCUUUUGUCAUCAGCAAUGGUAAUUUAGCCUUUCCGUAUCACAUAUAAACAUGCCAACCUGUUUAAGUCAUUCCUUUUUUAAAAAAAUACAAAAUUCUCUUAUUUUUCUUUACACCUCUGCUGAAUCUUUCUUCUUGCUUCUCUUGCUUCAUUUUAAAUUGUUGAAAUGCCUGUAAUAAGCCAGUAUACGUCUUCAAAUGAAGUGCCUGCAGCCCAAUAAACCAAACUCCUUCUCUUACCAGCCACAUAAACCUCAACUCUCUUAAAUACUUAACUGUCUUCUCUUUUUCCUUCUCCUUCUCCAACAUGACAAGUAGAUCCCAUGAAGACUUGCUUAUUGGAUUUACUAAUUGUACUGAUUGUAUUUGUAUUUCUUUUACCACUGUUCCAAAUUUUCCAUUUACCAUUUCAGAUUUUCCAUCUGCUUGUUGCAUAUUUUGUAUAUUCUGUUCACUUUUGGUUUGUUUGCCCAAAGUCUCAUUUAGGGAAUCGUCUAAUUUGUCAAAAUGUCCUUUUUGUUCAGCUAAAAAAAGAUCAAAUUGUUCAAUUAAAAUAGUCUCCUGCUGUGUUAGUAUCACCUGUUGGGAUGAUUGCAAAGCUGUUAAAGAAGUCUGUAUUGCCAAAAA